GUCUGGCAGGGAUCCAGCUGUACCCAACCAACCGAGCCCUCCUCCCCUCCUCUCUCCCCACGGCGGCGGCGACGCGGCGGCGAGGAAAGAACGCGUGCGCCUCUUCCUUCACGACCCACCCCCGCCUCCUCGGCCCGCUCGCGCCCCCCAUCGAGCGCUCUCCGCCGGCCAAGGGCGCCUCCGCGCCUCCUUCCGCCGGAGCGGAGCUCGCCGCCUGCCCGGCCCCCCCACCGCGAAGGGGUUCCGUCUCUCGCGCCCGCCGCCGUCUUCGUCGUCCCCCUCCUCCUCGGCGCUAGAGGACCGGCGCGGGGAGGGGAUCCAUCCGGGCCUGGACAGGCCUCUCCUUCACCUGCCAGUUGUUGAACUCAGAGUUAGACAAUGGAUCUGGAGACAGAGAAUCGUCUGGCAUCUUUACUACUUGAAGAGGCACGGAGAUUACAGAUAGAGGCUGACAGGGAAGGUGUUCAUGCAUAUCUACGAAAGCCUAAUGUAAGGCAUCGUCCAAACUCACGGUUCCUCACAGCGACUGUUCGUGGAGUUCAGCAAGCAAACCGUGUUGUGGAGAUCAAUGAAAUGUGGCGUGCUAGGGAAAAGGAGCUGGAGUUGGAGUCAAAGAUGAAAGGCAGAAGUAAAGAUUGUGAUGAUUCUAGAGGCGAGAAGCGCAAAAGUGAAAUGAGAAACCAUAGCUCCAGCUCAAGGGUUGAACAAGAAGGGACCACUUAUAGUACUUCUUACUCAGACCAGGAGGAUGGUCUCAAGGAAGACGAAAUUGAAAGAUUUCUUCAUUCAAGGGUGAAACGAGGACGUGGGGCCAUUGGUUCUAGGAUGGACGAGCCUGGUCCAUACCUUGAUUCUUCAUCCCGUUGUCAUGAAAACGGACCUAGUCCUGAUAUACGUUUGGAAGAAAAAUGGGAACGUCGAGUACAAGGCCCAGAAAAGCCUUUGUUUUUGAGGUCCAAGUCUCCUGAUGAUCAUUGGUGCAAGGAAACGUUGGACGGAAGGGGAUCGAGCUCUGAACCACAGAGCAAGAAGGAAAAGAAAAGGAAGUCUGAGAAAAAAGAGAAGAGGGAUAAAAGGAAGGAAAAGGACACGAAGAAAUCCAAGCAUCGCCAUCACCACCAUCACAAAAGCCGAAGAAGGGAGUGAAUGAGUGGUCUUGCCUGUUAGCGAGAUAGAAAUGUACACAAUGGUUCUGCCCUGAAAGUGGCAGUGACCUGAUUGUUGCUGUAACUUGAAACUGUAUUGUAUAGAGAACUUGGCAUUGUGUAGAUUGUGGAAUGGACUAUGCUUCUUAUAAUACCACGUUGUUGCAAUUUCA